AUGGUAACUUGUCAUCCUUUUGCAGCCAUGCUGGUCAGGCGAGCAUCGGUGAGGUAUUUUCAUGGUGCCAUUAUUGUGUUAACGUGGAUUCUGGUUAGUUGUUUGGGCGAAGAUGUGCUUGUAUCGAGCCGAGAUCCGAUGACAAGUUCAGACGAACGAAGGUAUUUGUUGUAUGAUGUGAACCACGGUGAAGGAUUCAACUUACGACGUGACGUUUUCAUGAGGUAUCUUACUGAAUUUUCUCUUAUUUUGUGCAUUUUUCAUCAUCGAAUGUGGAUUUUAUCUUAA